AUGGAGCCAGAGGACAUUCGCGAUCUUCGGAGUGAUGUAAAUGUCAAUAUCGAUCUACUCACCGCACUAACUGGGCGGCUUACUCGUGACAACACCUUCAAAUUAGUGCGGUACCAAGAAGACAAGGAGCAGCAAGUCAUCCUUGACUGGCUAACACCAACUGACUACGCUCCUCAGCAGAACGACUUCCUCAAGCAGUGGCAAACUGGGUCUGGAAAAUGGCUUCUAGACUCGGCAAAAUUCAAAAGAUGGUCAGAGACCAAGAAUCAGACAUUGUUUUGCCCGGGUAUACCAGGAGCUAGGAAAACAAUCAUCACAUCAAUUGUAGUAGACGAGCUUUCUUCCCGCUUCAAAGAUGAAAGCAACAACGGUAUUGCAUAUAUCUACUGCAACUUCAAACGGCAAAACGAGCAAACGUUGGAAGACCUACUCGCAAGCGUACUGAAGCAGCUAGUUCAAGCAAGAUCUUCUCUUCCGCAAACUGUCAGGUCCCUUCAUGACCGGUAUAGAUCUAUGAAGGCCCGGCCUUCAAUAGAUGACAUCUCCAUGGCACUUCAUUCGGUGGCUGCUGAAUUCUCGCGAGUCUUCAUCCUCGUCGAUGCGCUGGACGAAUGUCGAGUCAAUGACAGCUGCCGAGCGAAGCUACUCUCACAACUCUCACAACUCCAGACCAGUUGUGGAGCGAAUCUUUUCGCGACAUCUAGAUUUAUUCCAGACAUUACAUCGAGAUUUGAACGAGAUACUUGGUUGGAAAUCCGCGCCAGUAAGCAAGACAUGGAUAGAUAUGUAGAAGGGCAUAUCCAUCAACUGCCGCGUUUUGUUGGACGUGAUUCGGAUCUAAAGCAGGAAAUUAGCUCUGAGAUCGUCAAAGCUGUCGAUGGCAUGGAUGCAGCUUCUUACCCUGUUCUUGAAGAUCUCACUAACUGUACUAGGUUUCUACUUGCACAACUUCAUCUCAGUUCUUUAAGAGGAAAAAGGUCCCGAACGGCUAUUCGAGAUGCUCUGAAGAAAUUGCCCACUGGCACGGAAUCAUACAAUUGUGCAUAUUCUGAUGCUAUGACGAGAAUCGAGGGACAGCUACCGGAUGAAGCAACACUUGCGAAGGAAGCUCUAUCAUGGAUCACUUGCGCAAAAAGGCCGUUGACUACCAUAGAGCUUCAGCAUGCUCUUGCUAUUAAGGACGGACAAGUAGAAUUCGAUGAAGACAACAAAUCAGACAUCGAGGAUAUUGUUUCGGUGUGUGCUGGGCUAGUCACUGUUGACGAAGAGAGCGGCAUUAUUCGCUUAGUGCAUUACACAACGCAAGAAUACUUCGAAUGGACGCAAAAGGACUGGUUUCCAACCGCAGAACUAGACAUCAUGGCGAUCUGUAUAACAUAUCUUUCAUUCACGGUCUUUGGAAGGGGACCUUGCAGCACGGACUAUGGCUUUGAGGAACGACUGCAACUAAACCCAUUGUACGACUAUGCCGCCCACUACUGGGGUCACCAUGCCCGUCAGGUUCGGAGUUCACAUUCGAAAAUCAUCGAAUUUUUUCAUCGCGAAAUGAAUGUGGAAGCAGCAUCCCAAGCAAUGCACGCCCGCAAGCGGUUCUCAUGGCAAGAUCGCUAUAGUCACCUAUUUCCGAGGCGGAUGACAGGGCUGCAUUUAUGUGCAUAUUUCGGUAUUAUAGACGUAGCUGUAGCAAUUGUUGGUCUUGCAGAUCUCGACUCGAGGGAUGGAUACCGCCGAACACCGUUAUCGUGGGCUGCCGAAAACGGACACGAAGGUGUAAUC